GAUGCUGUUACCCAAAGCCUGGUUCCUCCUCGCCAGCCUAGGCUCCGCAGCUGUCGCACAAAGUAUCAACAAGACUGCAAUUCGGCAGACAUGCGAUGCUAUUGAAGCGCAGUGUUCCGAUGCCAGCAAGGUCAUGACUUUUCGAGGUAUCGGGUACUUUGAGGCUAUAGAACAUUGGAUCAAAUCUUCCGAGCAAGAACCUGUUUGCGUGGUGCAGCCAGCCUCCGCGGAAGACUUGUCCGUCGCAAUUCGCUUGAUCGGACAAAACCGCGUCCCAUUCGCAGUGCAAAGUGGAGGACAUACAUCCAAUCCGGGCUUCUCCAGCACCAAAGGGGUACACAUUUCGCUUUCCAAGUUGAACGAAGUGACACUUUCUUCCGAUGGAACGACUGCGCGGGUCGGAGCCGGAAAUCGAUGGUCGAAUGUGUACAAGAAGCUUGAAGGCAGCGGAAGGAAUGUUGUGGGCGGACGGGUUCCAGGUCCUGGGGUCGGAGGCUUCACGACCGGCGGUGGCUACUCCUGGAAGACCAAUAUGUACGGGCUCACAGUUGAUACUAUCAAGAGCUACACGCUCGUCUUGCCCAAUGGUACCAUCACGACCGUGGACGAUUCGACACCAGAUCUCUUCUUCGCGCUUCGAGGAGGUCUCAACCGCUUCGGGGUCGUUGCUCAUGUCGAUCUCUUCACCCACGCACAGGUCCCUAUGAUCUAUGGUGGAACGAGGAUAUAUGCUGGCGACGAGGUCGACAAGAUCAUCAACGCCACCGCGGACUUCGUAGCAACGAAUCGAGACCCCAAGGCGACAGUCAUCACCUCUGUUCUGGGAAAGACGGCGACCACGCAGUUUUUUUAUGAUGGGCCUUCCAAGCCAGCAAGUUUCGCCGUGUUUGAUGGAAUCGACACGCUUCUCGUGGAUACGGUCAAGACGCAGAAGUUUUCGGAAUUCGUGUCUUCUAUUCCGAGUAGUCUGAGGGACGUAACGAACGUCCGCGGGACUUGGGAGACGUUUUCGACGACGGGGGCUUCACUCACAUUUUUGCGGGCGCUCCAGAAAGAAGGCAAGCGAGUGAGCAAGCUGCCCAGAGCGCACACGGGAAUCAAUUUUGCAGUCGAUGCAUACAUCCCGGGCCUCUAUGGCUCCCACGCUGUCCCGAAUGCUGCAUACCCACACGCUGAGUCGCAGUUUCCGGUUCUCCUCGACCUGGCCUGGGCAUUUUCCAAGGACGACCAAUACUGGCAUACUCAGCUCCGUCAGUCCCGGGACACGCUGAUCGAGGUGGCCCGGUCCGAAGGACUGCUCCACCCGAUUGCCUACUCCAACUAUGCCGCUGCCGACACAUCGGCCGAGAAGCUGUACGGUAGUGCAGGGGCAGCGCGACUGGCGAGCAUUCGAAACGCGGUGGAUCCCCAUAGAGUAAUGGAUUUGACGGGGGGAUAUCAAGUGUGAGAGGGUGAGAGGGUGAUUGAGGGUGUAAGAGGAAGUGGAUGUCAGCCGAGACAAGACUUGAGAUGUGGGAGGAGAGUGUGAAACAUUGUCGAGCUGAACCAGGAACUUGCAGCGUUCCCGUCCCGUCCCGUGCCGCGCCGCGCCGCUUAUUUCUCACUCGGGAUUCGGGGAUCGGCGGGCAAAUACCGCGAUCGUGCCUUCCUCAAUCAGUCUCAUAUCGACAUCUGGAGCAGG